AUGGUUUAUCAACUCGUUAUCUAUGGCGACCAAUCAGGACCGGGCAUAGUCAUACCGGGUGAUAUCGGUCGGAAACGAAACGAUAUUUUCUUGGCAACACUGGGCGGAGUCUAUCUAAACCUGCGAUGUAGUAUAAAAUGUAAGAGUAGGCCUCAACGAAUAUCAUUUAUCCUUACAGAGACCCAAUCAUCAUCGAAAAUGUCUGGACGUGGAAAAGGCGGUAAAUCUGCUGGACGCAAUCGUAAGUCGCGCUCUACAAGAGCGGGACUACAAUUUCCUGUCGGAAGAGUUCACCGUCUUCUUCGCAAAGGCAAUUACAGCGAACGAGUAGGUGCUGGGGCGCCUGUAUACUUAGCCGCUGUCUUAGAAUACCUGAGCGCCGAAGUUCUUGAGCUCGCGGGAAAUGCAGCGAGAGAUAACAAGAAAAGCCGAAUCAUCCCGCGCCAUCUUCAGCUGGCCGUGCGCAAUGAUGAAGAAUUGAACAAAUUGCUCGACGGUGUCACUAUUGCCCAGGGCGGCGUUUUGCCAAACAUACAAUCUUCUCUUCUGCCAAAAAAGAAAUUGUCUCAGUCUCAACAGUAA